GGAUGGUAGAAGGAUCUCUUGCACACAAUUGGGUCAUUGCUAAUUAUAUAGGUCCUCACUGACCUAUACUUCUUAUCAAAAGAUUGACAUCGGACCACGUCCAAAUACAGUUCUUUCAUUCAAUUAAGUGUAUUAUAUACUACACCAGAAUUCAUAAGCGUAUCGACAAGAAUCAUGACUGUCCCUGCACCAACAGCGCGCCGGUGGUGGCACGAGCCAUUCUCGGUCGUCCAAACGAAUCUCCGCGAGAUUGACGCGGAAAUGGACGUCGAGGCCGUGGCCAACUGGAUCAAAGGCUUCGGUGCAACGGCUUGGCUUUGUGGAGUGGGCGGUAUACAGGCCCAAUACCCAUCUGAACUGUCUUUUCAGAUGCGCAAUCCACACUUGGCCGAGAGGACCAGUGGUGACCUUGUCGGCGAUGCUCUCGCCGCAGCCCAUACCAGUGGGCUUAAGUUCCUUGCCCGCAUGGAUUUCUCCAAGAUUGCCCCCCACGUGGCUGCCGAGCAUCCGGAGUGGUGCUAUGUCUCCCCGCUGGGUAAUAUUCAGGAACAUACAGCCGGACUCGUCUCGGUUUGCCCUUCUGGUGGUUACUAUCAAGAACGGAUUUUCGAUAUCCUCCAAGAAGUAACGGAACGCUACAACAUUGAUGGGUUGUUCUUCAACUGGGCCACCAUGAACGAGGAAGACUAUCACAAGGUGUACCAUGGUGUCUGCCAUUGCGUGAACUGCCAGUCGUUAUGGCUCGAUUUUGCACAAGGCCUUGAACUUCCAAAAGGACCCCAAGACACCAACUACGGGAUCUGGCUUAUCUUCAGUCGCAAGAUCAUAGAUGGUAUCACCGCAAAGAUACGCACUUUCAUUGCUGAAAGGCUCCCGCAAACGGCCCUGAUCAGGGGGGAAACAGCUGAUAUUAUCUACCAAGAGUCAAACAACGAGAUUGGCCGAGACUUCUGGCAUCAUUCAACCUCUGAAUGGAUCAGUUCUUGGAUAUCUUACCGACCAAACGUACCUGUAUUAGCGAACUCGACGUGUUUUCUUGAUAUGAGGUACCGCAUGGCUGGAGAAGAGCCUGCCCAAUUUGCCCAGUACUUGCUUCAGUGUAUUUCUCGUGGGGGUACGCCCUCUACUUACAUGAUGGGAACGCCAGGAAAGAUUCCAUACCCCUGCUUGGACAUCGCGAGAGAUAUCACGCAGUUCCAUUCUCGACAUCAUGAUACAUACCGCAACUUCAUACCUUGCGCCCUCACUGGGCUUGUCCGGCCAAGCCGCGGAUGGAUGACAGGGAAGACCUACCAGCAAUCCGUAUCCGAGUUCAGGGGAAUAUACUCGGCCUUGCAAGAGAUGCAUAUUCCUUUCGAUGUAGUAGCACUCGAGCAUCUAUCUGGAUUGGAGGCAAAUUCGAGUCUUUCCCGGUAUCGAAACCUGAUACUACCCGAUCUCGGUCACGUUCCCAUGGAAUACGCCAGUAUUUUCGAUCGCUGGGUCGAUCAAACAUGCGGUACUUUGAUUUGUACAGGAUCUUCGGGUCAAGAGGAAGCAGGCUCAAUUCAAAUCAAGUGCCUUCCCGUCCGUCGACGCCGCGCUGUUGUUGCCGAGGGCAAGCUAUUGUGGUCUUCAUACGUAGCGCCACCUCAGAAGAAGAAGGGGAUUCACUACUACAAUGGUCCUACAAUCCCUCUCUUUGGGGCUGCUAGCUAUUUCGAGUGGAAGGAAGAGAGUGUGAAGUAUUAUAAGAUACUCUCCCGCGCACCGUUCGCCCCCCCUGAAAAGGCCUACGGUAAUAUCGAGAUCGACCAGCCAGGCUACGGUAUGGCACCAUAUGGUUCUGGCAAAUGCUGCUUGAUUCCUUUUACCGUUGGAAGGGGAUAUCGAGAGACCGGACUUAGUUGUCAGCGUGACUUCUUCCUGCAAGUGUUCAGACAGCACGCCACACCCGAGAGGCUCACUUUUCACCUUGCUGAACAGGUUGAAAUCACUAUGCAUCGCAGCGGUGACAGGAUUGUCCUUCACUUGGUUAAUAUGUCUGGCGCUCGGAAGCUUAACUUUGGUGCUCAUAUUCCGAUUACGCAGGGCUCGAUUCAGAUAACAGGUGAUUCUCAUAACGUAUCGGCAGAAGCCUUGAGGAGAGGUCAGAAGCUAGAGAUAAAUGAUGGAACGAUUACCUUGCCAGAACUAGAUUUGUUUGAAGUAGUAGUUAUUGAGGGUCUUUUGUAA